GCACCAUGCAGCAAGACUUAAAGCGGCAAGCAAGCAGAAACGCUAUGGACGACAGCAUUGAAACGCUGCUGAAGCCGCCACCAGCACCAGCGACGGCUUCUUUGAGGUGCAGCGAGCCGCAACAGCCACGGGAUAAUUGGGGCAACUCGCUGGAAUUUCUAAUGUCCUGCAUAGCGCUAAGCGUGGGCCUGGGCAAUGUUUGGCGCUUUCCCUUUACGGCGCUGGAGAACGGCGGCGGUGCCUUUCUCAUACCCUAUCUGGUGGUGCUGCUGCUGGUGGGCAAGCCAAUCUACUACAUGGAAAUGCUGCUGGGCCAGUUCUCAAGCCGUGGCAUUGUGCAGGUCUUCGACCUUGCCCCACUCAUGCGUGGAGUGGGCUAUGCGCAGCUCCUAUCGCUCGCCGUGCUGGCCACCUAUUAUGCCGCGAUUAUGGCUCUGACGCUGCGCUACUUCUUCGACUCGUUUGCCACGCUGCUGCCUUGGAGCUACUGUCGUGCCGAGUGGGGCAGCGGCUGUGUGAGCGCUGCUGGGCAGCAGCAGCAUCACUUGCAAUUCGGGCAGAACUUUAGCAGCUCCACGCAGUUGUAUCUGCAACGCAUUGUGCUGAAUGAAACGGAGACGCUGGAGCAGGGCAUUGGCUAUCCCAGUGGUAAUUUGAGUCUGAUGCUGGCGCUGUCCUGGCUAACGGUCACGCUCAUCAUCAUACGCGGCGUUAGAAGCAGCGGCAAGGCCUCCUAUGUGCUGGCGCUCUUCCCCUAUGUGGUGAUGCUCAUACUCUUGGUGCGCGCCCUGAGUCUGCCCGGCGCCUACAAUGGCGUCAUGUAUUUUCUAACGCCGCAGUGGGACAAGCUGCUGGAGCCUGUGGUCUGGUAUAAUGCCGUUACACAGGUGUUCUUCUCGCUGGCCAUUUGCUUUGGCGUCAUCAUUAUGUACUCGUCCUACAAUCGCUUCGGGCACAACAUUUACCGCGAUGCGCACAUUGUGACCGGGCUGGACACCUUCACCUCGCUGCUAUCGGGCGUCAUCAUCUUUGGCAUUCUGGGCAACUUUGGCGCACGAGUCGGGCACGCAAGGACAUUGCCAGCGUAGUGAAGGGCGGGUCCUGGUCUGGCGUUCAUCGGUUAUCCAGAGGCCAUAGCCAAGUUCAAGCUAAUGCCGCAGGUUUUCUCGCUGCUGUUCUUUCUCAUGCUCUUUCUGCUCGGCGUGGGCAGCAACGUGGGCAUGGUCAGCUGCAUUAUGAGUGUGCUCAAGGAUCGUUUUGUGCACACCAAGCUCUGGCUAAUUGUGCUUUGCAUAUCGCUGCUAGGCUUCCUUGUUGGUUUGCUCUACAUUACGCCCGGCGGACAGCACAUUGUGACUCUCUUGGAUUUCCAUGGUGUUACAUUCGUAUCACUUGUGGCGGCCAUUUUCGAGCUUAUUGCUGUUGGCUGGGUCUACGGUACCAAACGUCUCUGCGCGGAUGCCGAGUAUAUGCUCAACAUAAAAACUUCUUAUUACUAUCGCAUUUGCUGGUCCAUAGUGACGCCCUUGGUCAUGAUCGUCAUCCUGGUCUACACCUUGUGCAGCAUGCGUCCCCUAAGCUACAACGGGCAGGUCUUGCCGCUGCCCUAUAGAGUGUUUGGUUGGUGCCUCUCCGGCCUCAUUACUGGUCAACUGCUUUACUGGGCUUGCUACGCCAUUCAUCAGCAGCCAGCGGGUUCGCUCGGGAUGCGCAUACGCCAGGCAAUGCGACCCUUGGCAGAUUGGGGUCCUUUGGAAGCUAAGCAGCUGCAGGACUAUCAGCUGUUCAGAGCUAACAAAGCAGCUAGCGCGCGUCCCAAAGAUCGUCGUGGACUUUAUCAUUCUUUUGUUGAUCGCAUAUUAAGCUAA